GCAAUGAAUGACCUUGAGAGGCAGGGCGUUGUAGAGCUUUCUCUCUAAACAGAUCGACACGAAGAACGUCUCACGAAGGCGACAAUCACCGGGAUACGAGUCUCAUCGCAAAAGCACGCUUCUGCAGCGUCACAAUGUUUGCGAUAGUCCCGUAGGUGCAGGUUUGGUGCAUGCCGAAGAGUGCAUUAAGAUUGGCUUUACUUCUCUUUUUGACAAUUUAUUGUUCGAAUGCAUCUGCUUUGUUCCUCAUACUUACCCGUCGUCCUUUUUCCAAACAUCUCUUUCACAACCAUCUAUUGGCCGCGAGAUCAACCUAUAGGUGGCAGCACCGUCGCCCCGUUAGUGUGGAUGCGUCGCCCGUGCGGUGUGUGGAAGUGUACGGGGCGACUGUUUUCAUUUCUCGAUACUCUGCUCCGUGCCCGCAGAAAACGCUUCAUUUACCAUGGUGAGAUUUUGUUCGGUUCCGCAAUGCAGCACAUAUUGCACAGAGCCAGGGAUAAGCUUUCAGUACUAUCCCGUUGACGCGGCACUUCGCCGAGAAUGGCUCGUCAGGCUUCGGAACGGCAAGGCGCCUUCCAAAUAUGCGAUGGUGUGCAGUAAGCAUUUCGACGAUGGUGCGUUCAAGCGUUCGCUGACGAAAAAGGAUGGUGAGUAGUCAAAUCUGAUAUCACGUUUGGGAAUCCUAAUCGGCAAUCUGGGCAUUAAUGUUUGCUGCAUGCGUAGUUGCUGCGUAGUUACUGUUCGUGUGAAGAUCGUUGCAGUCCGCGAAAGUUCGUGGCGGCGUGGCCUGGGAUGCCAGUAAUGAGUUGCCUGUGCUUUCAUAUGCUUCCGCAACUAAAUUACCCGUGUCUCCACGCAUGCAAUUUAUUUUAUAUCCUUCAUGCGCCGCCUGCGCAGUGAAUGCAAGGUUCGCGCUCAGCUGCGAGUCCGUUUAAACGACCGUCUCCGAGCGUGACUAGCUGUCACGUUUGCCGUUGUCUUUACUCAGCCACGGGAACUGUUCUCAGUGUUCCGAAGUGUAAAUACGAGCACCGAAACACGGCAAGUGUGUACGCAUGAUCUCGUACAGAUUAAACAGUGUCGUUUCGCGAGCCAACAGCUGAUGGUCCAUUAAGCGAUGAACGAACAUACGCGAGCGAAUUUAUUGCUACUGCUCAUAUUGAUAUAUUUUUUUUCUCUCUUUUAUAGGGGGGCGGAAAAAAUGGAAGCCUGAUGCACUGCCAACAUUGAACUUGCCGCAGCGCAGAUUUGACAAGCAAAAGCUGCCUCGCAAGCCACCGGGUAAGUGAUGCUGCCGACAGGCGUUCUUUCGAUGCUUUUUAUCCACACAAGCUGUUGCUUCAUUUCUGCAGCGAACGAAUUUUUUGUAAUCCUAUGCAGUUGCCCGACAGCUGAUAUGCACACUCGCGGUUGUUUUUCGAUGAAAGUACCCAAAUGCACGUGGGACAAUCGUAUUCAAUAAUGCGCAACCCCCCAAUACCCUUUUUCUUCUUCUUUUUUUUUUUCUAAUAGCAAAGAGAGCCCCUGUUUCAAGGCAAUCAAGGAUGCCAGGAAGCAUAGCCGACGAUGUUGCAGGUCAUGCCUCUGUUCAUGAAGAAAAUCCUGCUGAGGAGACUGCGUACGAAGUGCCACAAGAUGAUAUCCUGGAACAGUUCGCCGAGAUUGUGUGUGCACAAGCUGGCACACUACGGGAUGCCUGUGUACAAGCGAGUCCUCUCCCACUCAUUGGCCGCCCCAAGCCUCUCCUUUCAUGUGCGGUUGGGCAGACAGACGACACCAUCAAAGUGCUCACAGGAUUGCCAUGUCUGCAGCUGUUGAGGAAUAUAAUUGAUGAGUUCGCUGCCUUGCGCAGAGUAUCCAUUCCGAGAGGUUUUGCAUCAGGUGACGAAGAUACCGUGCUGAUGGUUUUUGUGAAACUCUACCACAACAUAAGUUUCAGCUUUUUAUCUGUUCUUUUUUCUAUACACAGAACAACUGCAUCGAAUAUUUUGAAGAAUGCCAUAUGCAUUCUUGCAAAUGUACUUGGAGAGGCGGUGUUUUUCCCUUGCAAAGAGUCAGUCCUGGAAAACUUGACAAUUUAUUUCAAGGACUACAAGGAAACUCGCAUCGUAUUAGACUGCACAGAGGUGGCCCUUGAAAGGCCAGGUGACUUGACAUCGCGGCUGCUUACCUACAGCCAAUACAAACGCCAGUACGCAAUAAAAGUAUUGAUUGGCGUUGCUCCAAGCGGCAUGAUAACAUUAGUUGGGAAAGCGUUCGGAGGUCGCGCUUCAGACACGCAACUCACAGCCCACUCAAAUGUACUCAACAAAUGCGCGGCCUAUGUCGACCGUGUUAUGGUUGACAAAGGUUUCCUUAUAGAGAACCUUUGCGACGAAGCCAGGGUUAGUAUGGACAGGCCCCCUUUCUUAAAGAAAAGGCAACAGCUUGAAGAACAUGAAGCAAACAAAAAUCAAGCGAUUGCAAGAGCAAGAGUACAUGCUGAAAGAGCCAUUCAACGUGUCAAAGCCUUCAAAAUUGUUCAACAGAGGUACCCCAUUCAGCUCCUUCCUGUGUUUGACAAAGUCAUCUUGUUGCUUGCUAGCAUAGUGAACUUAUCAAAGCCAAUUUUGGGUGAAGACAAGUUUCUACCAAAUAUCUAAACAGUGCACAAAGUUGAAAGAAACGCGAAAUAAUACCAGGUGUGUUAUAUUGUCGCCAUAUCAAUAUGUACAGUGGUCACUAUAGUGCAGAAAGCACAAAGAUAAACAAAGUGAUGACAUCAACAAAUAAUUUUGAAAAUUGCCUUUCGCCCUAUUCGCUUAUUUAUUGCACAAUGCUUUCAGGAAUAAACGUUCGAAA